AUGUCCUCUCGCAAGGCUCAGAAACCUCUUCCCAAAUUCGAAAUUGGCGAUGAUUACCAGCUUCUCCAUGCUAUCGGAGAAGGAGCGUAUGGUACCGUGGCUUCAGCUCUUCACAAACCUACAGGCCGGCAGGUCGCGAUCAAGAAGAUUCUACCUUUCGAUCAUACCUUGUUUUGUCUUCGCACUCUCCGUGAACUAAAGCUACUAAAGUUCUUCACUGAAACAUGUCUCAACGAAAACAUAAUAUCGGUAAUCGACAUCAUCAAACCUACCUCCCUGGAUUCCUUCAAAGAGAUAUAUUUCAUCCAGGAAUUGAUGCAAACGGAUCUCCAUAGGGUUAUUCGAACUCAACAUCUUACAGAUGAUCAUUGCCAGUACUUUGUAUACCAAACGCUAAGAGCCCUCAAAUCUAUCCACAGCGCCGACAUCGUUCACCGUGACCUGAAACCAGCGAACCUACUCCUGAACGCAAACUGCGAUUUGAAAGUUUGUGACUUUGGACUAGCUAGAAGCGUCAAAACCAGCGUUACCGGAGGAAAAGAACAGGGCCUAAUGACGGAGUAUGUAGCGACUCGGUGGUACAGGGCGCCGGAGAUCAUGCUGUCAUUCAAGAUGUACACCAAGGCAAUUGAUAUCUGGGCUAUUGGCUGUAUUCUAGCAGAAUUAUUGACCGGUCGACCACUUUUCCCCGGCCGAGACUAUAGUCAUCAGCUUGAUCUUAUCCUGGACGUGAUCGGUACACCCAGUUUAGAUGAAUUCUAUGCCAUAACAUCUCGCCGUUCACGAGAUUAUAUCCGCGCUUUGCCUAUCCGAAAGCGGAGGCCGUUUCCGACUUUGUUCCCUCAUGCAUCCAAAGAGGCCAUCGAUUUCUUGUCCAAGACCUUGACCUUUGAUCCGAAGAGGCGGUUGACUGUUGAUGAAGCACUGGAACAUCCAUAUCUUGCUUCAUACAUCCUGACAGCUGUUCCCAAGCAUGAUCCUGAUGACGAGCCGGUAGUAACGCCACUGAGUCCUUCAUACUUUGCCUUUGAUCUGCACAAGGACGAUCUGACAAAAGACCAACUAAAAGAGCUACUUUACCAAGAGGUCAUGUCCUUCGUACCUUCCAUCUAG